ACUUAACAUCGAAGCAAGAUCCGGAGAAAAAAGUAUGCUCCUUUAAUUUCAUGGUUUCAUACCUCAAACCAGCUUGGCUGUCUCAAGUCCCUUUGAUUUUUGUUUUUAACCCUCAACGACAAAAACAAAACCGGCAAAUUUCAUUUUUUGUCUGAAGCAAAACGCAAACUUUAUGCACAACCUACUUUGCAAAAAAAGAAAAAAAAAAAGAAACACUAACUCUAACCUCUGAAAAUCUCUCAUUCUCUCUCAAUCAUGAAGCCUAUCUACCAAUUCUUUGCCAUCUUCUGGUUCUUCUUACCUUUCACUGUAAUCUCCGGUGACAACAACAAGAAUCUGAUCUUCAAAGGCUGCGCAAGCCAGAAAUCUCCAGACCCAACCGGUGUUUUCACUCAGAAUCUUAAUUCUCUCUUCACUUCUUUACUUUCUCAAUCCGCGCAGAAAUCUUUCGCCUCCACAACCGCCGGAACCGAUAACACAACCGCCGUAACCGGCGUUUUUCAGUGCCGCGGCGACCUCCCCGCCGCUGAGUGCUACGAUUGCGUCUCCAAAAUCCCGAAACUCGUCUCUAAGCUCUGCGGCGGAGGCGGAGACGACGGGAAUGUGGUGGUGGCGGCGCGUGUGCAGCUCUCCGGUUGUUAUAUCCGGUACGAAGUCUCGGGGUUCCGGCAGACUUCCGGUACUGAGAUGCUGUUCCGUGUCUGCGGGAAGAAACAGUCCGGCGAUCCUGGGUUCGCCGGGAAGAGGGACUCGGCGUUUGGGAUGGCGGAGAACGGCGUGAAAACGGGAGGCAACGGCGGGGGAUUUUACGCGGGGCAGUAUGAGUCGGUGUAUGUGUUGGGGCAGUGUGAGGGUAGUUUGGGAAAUUCAGAUUGUGGUGAGUGUGUGAAAGAUGGCUUUGAGAAAGCAAAGAGCGAGUGUGGGGAUUCUAUCUCUGGUCAGGUUUAUCUUCACAAGUGCUUCGUUAGCUACAGUUACUACUCUCAUGGCGUUCCUAACAUUUCUUCACUUUCAGAUGGAGAGAAGAGACAGCACACGCAAAGAACAAUAGCUUUGGCGGUGGGAGGAGUUGCAGUUUUAGGAUUUGUGAUUGUUUGUUUGUUGGUUUUGAAAUCUGCCAUGAAGAAGAAGAGUAAAUAUGAUAGUUAUUGAGAUUUUAACUACCAAUUCUCAUCUAGCCAGACCAAAAGAAAAACAAAUCAACAGUUUUGAGAAGGUUAAAAAAGAAAAGAAUAGUAUGAUGUCCAAAUUGUAUAUUCAAUUAAGAUACUGAUUCAUAAUAAUGAAAGAGAUUUGCCAACUUA